AUGUCCGACACAUUCCAAGAACUCGCCGACAUUCCCAAGGACUUUGUCCGAGAUGGAAUGAUGUUUGUGAACCGUUGCACCAAGCCCGACAAGCGCGAGUUCCUCAAGAUCUCCCAAGCUGUUGGUGUUGGAUUCGUUGUUAUGGGAGCUAUUGGGUACUUUGUGAAAUUGAUCCAUAUCCCCGUCAACAACGUUCUCGUCGGAUAG